CAGCUUGGGUAGGCUCAGACCUCGCUGCAGUUCAUCUGAGGCUGGCGAACGAGGCGAGGUGCCCAUGGGUACAGGCAGACACGGGAGGCAGUGCCGCCAGCCCUUCCCUUCCUCCCCCGGCACUGAAUGACCGGACGCGUGCCGAGAUGGAGAUUAGGGCACACGUGCAUCCGGGUGGUCGCCCUGCAUCCCCCCCUCCUGGGGACAGGCUGGGGACCCGGCUGAGCCCCCUCGAUCUGCUCAGCUGCCGAGCAGCUGCUCGGCCCUACAGAGCCUUCAAAACCCCAUUCCCCUCCUCCCGGUCCCCAUGCAGCCACAGCUGUCCGAAGCGGCCCCGGUGUCCCUCCGCGGGGUACAGAAGGAGCCAUUGUCACCGCCGUGCCAGCCCCCGCCCCGGCGCCAGCUGCCACGGGGACCAGUGGGCAGCGGCGCAGCGGGGCGGUGGCACCAUGGUGGCCACUGGUCGUGGUGGCCCUGGUCCUCCUCUGCUUGCCUGCAGGGAUGGAGGCCAGCCCAGAGCUUGGCGGGUACCUACGCAAGGUGCUGAGGAACCACACCACCCACACGUGCGACGGGGAGCAGCUCCUCAUCCUCUGCCCUCGCAAGACCACCAUCAGCAUCCUGGGCGCCUUCUACGGGCGCCGCGUGCCCAGCCCCAACCUCUGUCCCAGCCCGGGCAAUGCGUCCCAGGAGAACACCGAGUGCACGUCCCCCACAGCCCACCUGAAGCUGCUGGCCGAGUGUCAGGACCAGCAGUGGUGCCAGUUCUCGGUGCACAGCCAAGUCUUCGGGCCAGACCCGUGCCCCGGGACGCACAAGUACCUCAUCGCGUCCUACAAGUGCCGGCCAGACAACCAUCGGGUGAAGACGGUGUGCGAGAACAACGUGCUGAGGCUGCAGUGCCGGCCGAAAUCCGUCCUGGCCAUUUACUCUGCGCAUUACGGACGAUUCCUGCGGGGCAAGCCUGAGUGUGACGCACCAAACGCCGGGGGACCCCAUAUCGAGUGCCUGGCUCCGGAUGCCUUGAGGAGGGUCUCCAAAAAGUGUCACCGCAAGGGGAACUGCACCGUGGCCGCUGACUGGGCCACCUUCGGGGACCCGUGCCUGCCCGGCACGAAGAAGCAGCUGCGGGUCUCCUACACCUGCGUGCCCAAGCAGCUGCUGGAGGAGGCAGGUCCCGACACCUCGGAUCCCUUCGUGCUCUCGGACUACAUGCACGGUGGCUGGUACAAAGGGCCCAGGUUCUCCAGGCUCCGGGAAGACAGGAUGAUUUUUACUAGCUCCCUGACAGCUUUUGCCCAGCUUUGGGGUACGUGGCCCCCACGUGCCAGGGUUGGGGAGGUGGGGGGGGUCUCCAGGCCCAGGUACCCCGCGUGCCGCGGUGGGGGUUUGCAGCACGGUGCCUCUCUUUGCUCUUCUCUCCCGCCAGACGUCCCUGAAAAAGUCGGCCUCUAUUUCCUCUGCGGGGUGUCGGCGGGGCUGGCGCUGCUGCUCUGCAUCCUCAGCCCCAAAGCAGCCUUCCUGCGGGAGGCCAGGGAGGCUCUGCAGGGUCCCGGCAGCGGCUCGGAGCCCGGCCGCACCAAACUGAGGGACGAGCAGGACGAGGACCUGCCCGACGACAGCUCCUCCGACUCCUCCUUCCGCCGCCUCACCCGCACCUACCGCGCCACCGACAGCAUCUUCGGCCCCGAGCUGACGGCGGCCAUGGAGGGGGCAGCCGAGCAGCAGGGCUGCGGCGGGGAGGAGAUCUGGAUGCCCAAGGAAUCCAGCCCCUACGCCAUCCAGAAGAUCAAAUCGGCCACCAAGUGAGGAGGGGACGAGGGGGCCGCCGCCGUUUGGAGACGCCGCCGCUCCUCGGCUUCCUCUCGCGCCUCCCUUCGUGCUUCGCGUGCCAGCGGGCGAGCUGCGCUUUCCAGGGAAUGAAUGGGCUUGCUCUUUCCAGGGAAUAAAAGCCAAAGCUGGUGGUUCAGGGAAUGAAGCUGCCAGCCCCGGCUCCUGCCAGCCCCGUCCCCGAGGGACUCCAGCCCGCAGGCUGGUUCCCACAUCCCCCAAAGGGACUGCACGGGGAUCCAGGCGUGGUGGUGCCUCCGAGCACCUGUGUUGUGUCACCACCGACUUCCAGCCCCCUUUAGCCACAAUUGUCCCUCCCCUGCAAUUAACGGUGAAAAGAGAGGAGAAAUUAAAUGCCGAAACUCA